UAGAUUCGGCGGGCACCAGAAUCAGGUGAUCCAGAGAUACACUCCUCUCGUUCUUGCCGUUUGCUUUCGUCUCUGCUGGACAGAGAGAAUCCUCGAUGCCUUUUGUGGCCAAAUUAGACAUGGGAACGGUUGCUACCGCCAUGAUUCCCUUCCCUUCUUCUGUUUCCCUUUCUAUCUCUACUCAGAAAGUCCUUACCUGUCUCCCCACUCUCUCUCCCCUUCGCAGGAGGGUUCCGAGGAAAUUACAUCUAGUGAAAGCAACAAUUUUACAAGACAAGGAAGAAGACAAGGUUGAGCAAGAGCCACUUGAAAGUACAUCAGGAACUCUUGAGGAAUGGUGCAUCAAGAUAGAACAAUCUGUGAAUGUGCUUCUCACGGAAGUAGUUAUCAAGAUCUUGGAUGCGUUGUACCGUGAUCGGCAUUAUGCCAGAUUUUAUGUUCUAGAAACUAUUGCAAGAGUACCUUAUUUUGCUUUCAUGUCAGUUUUGCACAUGUACGAAAGCUUUGGUUGGUGGAGGAGAGCUGAUUAUUUGAAAGUGCACUUUGCAGAAAGCUGGAAUGAGUUGCACCAUUUGCUAAUUAUGGAGGAAUUAGGAGGAAAUUCUAUGUGGUUUGACCGCCUUCUUGCGCAACAUAUUGCAAUAUUUUACUACUUCAUGACAGUCAUUAUGUAUGCUGUAAGCGCGAGAAUGGCAUAUCACUUUUCUGAAUGCGUGGAAAAACAUGCAUAUUCAACAUAUGAUAAAUUUAUCACAUUAAAGGGAGAAGAGCUGAAAAGCUUGCCUGCUCCAGAGGUUGCCAUUAAAUACUACACAGAGGGGGACCUUUAUCUGUUUGAUGAGUUUCAGACAAGCCGAGCACCAUGCACUCGCCGACCAAAAGUGGAGAAUUUGUAUGAUGUGUUUGUGAACAUCCGAGAUGAUGAAGCGGAGCACUGCAAGACGAUGAAAGCAUGCCAAACACAUGGAAAUCUCCGCUCUCCACACUCUCAGCCAGCCACCACACGAGAUGAAUCAGGCUGCCCCCUCUCUGAAGCAGACUGCGAAGGCAUUGUGGACUGUAUAAAAAAUUCUGUAACCCCAGUUAAAACAAAAUGAGAGGAGAAAUUGUGCAGAAAAUGAGUUAUAUACAAGUCACAGUUUAGCCAACGGGCCUCUUAAAAAAAAAUGUAUCACUACUGAGCCUUGCCAGCUCCUGUGAUUGAACUGACUGUUCGGAUUUUGGGAUAUGUGGUUCUCAAGUAUCUGGACCAUCCAUUCUAAUCAAAAGUUGCUUUACAGGUAUGGAAUA